AUGCUGUCGCUCGCUCGCAACUGCGUCCUGGCUUUUGCCCUGAGCUGCACAGUCUCUGCCGCUUCCUCUUCCUCGUCCUCCUCAGAUGCCGGCUACGUAGGUUACAACCUCACCCUCAGCGGCGACGAUGACUCGGCCAUCUACUCGACCGCAAACACACGUCAAAAUGCCUCCUCUCAAUACCCCGACCCGGACGUCUUUCUCAACGCCAGCGUUAGCGUCAAGGAAAUCGACAUUGAAGUCGACAAUCUGACCGCCAAAGUGAACCUGGACCUCCAAGUGCUGGAACUGCUGCAAUUCAACGCUGGCGUAGAUCUGAACAUCGAGUCGGUGCAUCUGCUCAUUCAAGACGUCAAAGCAAGAGUGCUGCUAGAAGCUCGACUUGAGAACCUAGUGGCCAUGGUGGACGAUGUGUUGGGAUCGCUGGACUUGAACCCAGUGAUUGCGACACUGGGCAACGGUGUUGGCAAUAUCCUCAACCAGACAGGCGAUGCGGUGGACGGAUUGCUCUCCGACGACGGUUCCAGCUCUGGCUCGGCAGCAGUCAAGCGCUCUUUCACCAUCGACGACAAUAUCCUCUACUCCAUCAACGACUUUUCCGGGAAUUCUCAUACAAACCGCAUCCUUGAGCAGAACGGCGACAUUGUCGAGCAAGAUCUUGACAACGACGGUCGCGUUUCUGGCACCAGAGUUGUUGGGUCGUACGCCAAAGACAUGACUUUGACUGGACAUGAGGACAAGGUGGCAAGGAAUGGCAAGGAGGUGGGGAGAAAGCAGUACAAGUAUGAGCCGAUCCAUGGCGUGCAAGCCAUUGCUGCCAUCUUCUUGGAUGCGUCUGGCAAGGUGGUCGGCACGCAGAUCCUGAGCGAGAUAGAGGUCGGCGGACAUGCGACCGUGGAGGCAGACGAGUAG